AUGGCCCAUUCACCUUCUUCGAACGAGUUCGAGGGGUCAAUUGAUUUCUUAGGCAGACCUUUGAUGUCGAGGACUUCUUCUUCUAUUGAUUUUUACAAUUCGAUGCAUAUUCCAAACAAUUUCUACUCUCCAGCUCCGACAACCUACUCGACGGAUGAGUGUAUGACCCCCGAGAAUUGCUUAUCAGAAUGUGAUCUCGAGUCAUCUUAUCAAACAUCCUUCAGGUCUGGCUCUGCGCCCAAAUCCCAUUUCCCGCACCCGGAUAAUAGAAACGCGAUCGCAAGGUUCGGGUUGGAUAGAUUGGGUCCUACUAGUGCGUAUACAGGGAGUGAAGACCACUCGCCCUCAAGAUCGAACGUCGAUGCCCCUCCAACUCCCGCUUCUUCGACGGAAGGCCAAGUUUGUCGAGAUAACCCAGCUCCGUUCAACCAUAUUCAGCAGGUGAACAUUGACGGUACCAUACCGAUAUAUUCAGAUAAAGAAAAAUCGAAGCCGGAGCCGACUACAAAAUCAUCUAAGAAGAAGCGCAAGCCAUCAACUGCCCCCAAGGCUGAGAAACCAAAAGUACCAAAAUUGGAUAGACCGCUUAGCGAGCUUACAAAAAACUUUGAGGGGUUACCGAUCCGGGAUAUGGAGAGGUGGGUCCAUAGAAGCGUCGAGGAAAGGCGACGAGAGGUUGAAAAGAGAGACGGCCAUGUAGCGCGCCCAAUGAACUCGUUUAUGCUUUAUAGGUCUGCCUUUGCGGAAAGGACGAAGCAGUGGUGUUUGCAAAACAACCACCAGGUCGUUUCUUCUGUAAGCGGGGCAAGCUGGCCCCUCGAACCAACCUGGAUACGAGAGAAAUACAAUGAACUGGCAAGGAUCGAAAGGAUCAACCACCAAGCAGCCCAUCCUGGGUACAAGUUUUCGCCAAGCAAGAACCAGCUGCCACCGCCUCGACGACGAAAGACCCCGUCAGACGGAGAAGAUGAAGGGGAAACAUAUUUAAGUGAGGUGGAGGUAUACCAAGAUCUCGAACCAGAACCCAUACAAAUACCACAAAUGAUGGCGAGAAAAAGGAAACAACGACCCAAGCCGGCUGAUACUAAGAGGACCAACCAUUUAUCGGAUGACGCGGUCAUGAUAGAUCCACCCACAUUUAUACAGCGCGGAGAGGCCAUGGAAAUGAACGUCCUAAGGCUUCAAACUGGUGCGCAAAAAUCUUCGUACGAGACUGUGAAUCCAGGAAGACCCGCCCCUGUAAGCAUGACGAACAGCGACAUUGACGGCACAUACUAUCAAAUGAGUGUUAGGCCAAUGGCCUCAACGAACCCCGGAAGCUCGGUAAUUGAAGAUGUAACUAUUCGAAGAACAGCAGCUCCUACUACUGCAGUGGGUAUUCUACACCGAGAACUUGAAGAAGCGUGGAAGAGUGAAACCGGGGGGUUUCAUUACCAACAUCACCAAAAUCAACAACAAAGACACCAAUGUCUUCCCCAGGAGCCUCCGGUUCCGGCCAAACAGGAAACCUCCACAGUAGAACAAGAUUUCUCCAUAUGUUCACACGACGCUCCUCCAGAAGUGGAUUUCGAGCAAUACCGUAAGCUUCUCGAGCAGCAAGUUAUGCAAAACGUAGCUGCACAGCAAGCUUACCUACUAGACCGCGGAGAACUCAUUGCACCUUAUCAAUUUGUAUCUCCAGGCCUUCUAUAUAUCAACACAUCCGGUGGGUGCGAAUUCGGGGACAAAGGUGUGGCCGGGAUCAUAGGUUAUGGGGAUGCAGGAGGCUCUUUGUGGCAUGGUAUGGGGGGUGGUAGUAUUCUACAUACGGAUUCCACAAAUUGUUUUCAAUAUGACGAAUGGUUGGCAGAAUAG